AUGGCCAAGGUGACACACACGCACCCCAUCAUCCGAGCUUUCAUCAACCUCCGGAAUGCGAAGCUAUCUUUACCAGUGAGCCUACACCUCCCCCCCUCCCUCCCCGUUCCGCUCCCCCAAGACGCCGAUCUGAACGCCUACAAGACCCACCUGACCCUGAAGCCGCCCCACGAGAUCAGCAUCGCCAUCCCGGGCGGGCUCGCCGUCCGCAUCAGCGACUUCUUGCCCGGCGGACCGGACGCGCCGAUGCACCGGACCGAGACCCUGGAUACGGGCGUGCUGGUCGAGGGCGAGCUGGUGCUGGUGCUGGAUAGCGGGGAGACGGCUAUCCUCAAGAGGGGCGACGUGUAUGUGCAGAGGGGUACGAUCCACGGGUGGAAAGAGAAUGUGAGCGAGACGGAGGUGGCGAGGUUGUUUGUUGUGCUUACUGCGGCGGAGAUGCCUGUUUUUGGUGGGGAGAAGUAUGGGCAGGUGCUGCCUCUUCCCCCUACUGAUUCGGAGGCCGAGUAAGGGAGGCGAAUUGAGAUAUCUUUCUCAUAUGGCUUGAUAGGCGACGAGGGGGUUCUGGCUACGGGAGAUGAACGUUCAUGAGGUUAGUUUGUACAUGUAACUUGAAGGGAGUUCCGGACCGUCGACGACGAGCUGCUCGGUAGCAUUUGACACACUACGGGAGCUUAGCGUAGUAACGGAGAUGUUGAGUUUAGUGUUGUCGAGUCCCUUCAGGCGUCAUUGGAAUUCAAGUGUUGCAACAUCGCCAACAUCUUUGGCCGGACUACAUCAUGCAUGCGCGAUAGAUCUUCACAGCUGACUGACCUCAGUUACCUGCAAUCCUGAUCUGCGCCAGUCCCUGAACGACCCGUAAGGCAGUGACAAGGUACCGAUGAUUCGGCAAAUAGACCAAGUUGAAG